AUGUCUAGUACAUCUGUUAGUUUACGAGAAGCUGACGAAGCUUUACGUGAAGAAAAUUUUAGUCAGGCUCAUGCACUUUAUGAACACAUAUUGGCUGCCUAUGCACAUGAGCUUAAUAAUGAUUCCAGGUCGUCAAUUAUGGCAGCGAUGGCAAAAUGUAGCAAUCAAAUGAAUAACUUUGAUCGUAAGUUUUUCAAUUGA